AUGUCAGACCUUGAGAGUGAUGACAAAAGAGAAGAAAAGGAACUGGAUUCAUUCUCAGAAAAGAGUUUUUUUUGGAGAUUCCGCCCAAGCUGGAGAAGCGAAGAGGGAGAUAGGUUCGUUGAUGAACUUGAUGCAGAUUAUGAGGCAGCUCAUAAUAAGAAAAAUAAUACCUGUCCAUUCGAGCAUAAAUUUAAAGGAAUAAGAGAUAAGCAGCUUAGUAAGACCAAAGCAAACAAGCUGCCAUCAUGGUCAAAGAAACAAUAA